CCAAGAAAAAAAAAAAAAAAAACCCAUUUCAAUCAAUAUCAAAGACCAUUACGAGUGAGUACUGUUUUGCUGAAGAAGCUACGCAUCUGUACUCUCUUCUUCUUUCCCACAGGUUCUGGUCAAAGUUCAAUCAUUCAAGCCAGAGGCUUCGAUCCUAAACAUAGAUGUGAAAGUUGUCCCGAAAACCCAUUUUUCUGAAUCCUCUGUGUUUUGUACGGAAAAGAGACACUCUUCCAUGACCACAGAAAGUGCAGGUCUGGUCCUGCGCCUAGCAAUCUUUCUCCUUCCACUUUUCAUAGCCCAAGCAUCCGCUCGCAACUGCAACCGAUCAUGCGGCAUCAAGACCGUCCCGUACCCGCUCGGGUUCUCUUCCGGCUGCGAUGUCCGUCUAAACUGCACCGACAGCGGCAUGUUCAUAGGAGAAUUCCCUGUCCAAUCCGUUAACGCCGACGAGAUUACGGUCUCCAUCGCCGCCUCGUGUAACCGUUCCGUCCAAACCUUCUUCCACCUCUUUAGCCACCACUUCGCCCCCACGUCCCGAAACGCGAUUCUCUUAGGGAAAUGCACCGCGCCCGCUCUUCCAUGCACCAUCCCGGCCACUCUCGUCCAGACCCAUUUCGAGUCUUCGGGUUGUGACGCCAACAACAGCACGAUCAAUUGCUACACGGAGAGAAGUCCCCAUGAUUUCAUUGAUUACGUCCAUUUGACAGCGAAGAGCUGCCAGUAUUUUGUCUCGUCGAUAUCGGCGGAGAACGAUUCCAGCUUGGCGGUGUCGCUGGAAGUUCAGGUGGUAAAACUCGGGUGGUGGCUCGAGGGAGCUUGCCAGUGUUCUAUCAAUGCCAAUUGUACCGCACUUCUCGCUCCGAUGACGGGACGGCCUAGUUUCCGAUGCCGUUGCAACGAAGGAUAUGAAGGCGACGGAUUCCGGGCCGGCGAAGGUUGCCGGAAAGUUUCUUCAGCAUGCAACCCCAAAAAAUACAUGUCCGGCCAAUGUGGAGGAACAACCAGAGUGGCUGUUUUAAUUGGAGGCCUUGCUGCUGGAGCUUUUAUGAUGAUUGUUGUGGGUCUGAUAUGUUGUUUCAUUCGGCGGCGCUCUAAGUUAAAAGCCAGACACAGUGCCAAACGCCGGCUAUCUGAAGCUACUGGCAACUGCAGCAUUCCAAUUUACGCCUACAAAGAAAUAGAGAAAGCCACAAAUAGUUUCUCAGAAAAACAAAGGCUAGGAACUGGAGCAUAUGGAACAGUAUAUGCUGGAAAACUCCAUAGUGAUCAUGAAUGGGUUGCCAUCAAGAGGAUCAAACAUAGAGACACUGACAGCAUUGAACAAGUCAUGAAUGAGAUCAAGCUCCUUUCAUCUGUUAGCCAUCCAAAUCUAGUCCGCCUCUUGGGCUGCUCUAUUGAACAUGGUGAGCAAGUCCUGGUCUAUGAGUUCAUGCCUAAUGGAACUUUGUGUCAGCAUUUGCAGAAAGAGAGAGGAGAUGGACUCUCUUGGCAAGUUCGUCUUACCAUUGCAACUGAAACUGCUCAGGCCAUAGCCCAUCUCCACUCUGCUAUCAAGCCUCCAAUAUACCAUAGAGACAUCAAGUCAAGCAACAUACUCUUGGAUUACGACUUCAAGUCCAAAGUUGCAGAUUUUGGUCUUUCUAGACUUGGGAUGACCGAAAUAUCUCACAUUUCAACCGCCCCACAAGGGACGCCAGGGUACCUUGAUCCUCAGUAUCAUCAGUGUUUUCAUCUAUCUGAUAAAAGCGAUGUCUAUAGCUUUGGUGUAGUUCUGGUUGAAAUCAUUACAGCAUCAAAAGUGGUAGACUUUUCUCGACCUCCAGAGGAGGUGAACUUGGCUGCUCUUGCAGUUGACAAGAUAGGAAAAGGAUGCUUAGAUGAGAUUGUGGACCCAUUCCUCGAGCCACAAAGUGAUGCUUGGACACUUUCAUCAGUGCAUAAGGUGGCGGAGCUGGCAUUUAGAUGCCUUGCAUAUCACCAGGACAUGAGGCCUUCAAUGAUGGAAGUGGCGGCUGAAUUAGAAAGAAUCAGGCUUAGUAGAUGGGAACAUUCAGAAGAAAAAUAUAGUACAGCAUCAUCAGACGUAUCUUCUUCCUCUUGUUCAUCCAACACAAGUGAAAAACCGCUAAGCUUGAUGGUUAAGAAGGCAGGAAUGGAGACUAGAGGUCUGAUUGUGCCACAGAUUGCGGUUCCUCAUUUUAACUCAUUGGAAAGAGUGAGGGAUAAUUCUCCAGUUUCUGUGCAAGACCCUUGGUUAAGUGAACAGAGCUCACCUUCAUCAAGCAGUUUGCUGAAUAAUGUAAUUCAGUGAACUUAAAAUGUUGUUUUUUUUAUAAGGGUGCUUAGUUUCAUCUCAUCCUGUCAAUACAACCAAGAUACUUUUGCAAUGUUACUAUUUUGUAAGUUUCCCAUGGUUCAACAUACACUGAUGGAUACUUGUAUGCUUGUGGAAAGAAUUCCUAUAAAGAAUUACAGAUAUUGUGCU